AGUUUAUGUCAUGCCCAAAUAUCCCGUUUUCAUAAUCUCUCAAAAUUCUCUCUUCACAUAUUUCACUCCCCACCUUUGCUUCUUCCUAUUCAACCCACAAACUCCAAAAUACUACUUACUAGUUACUACAUAAAGUAAGAAGUAAUGUACUAAUAAAUAAAACUUUACAUAGUGAUUUUAAUUUGUUGAAGUUUCUCUAUUGAAAUUACGUUUCUCAUGAUCUUAUCUAAAUAAUUAAUCUAUAUUAUCUAAUAAUAUAUAGAGAUGGGUUCUCACGAGCUCCGUGGUUCACCGUUUCCGGUAUCUGAUAUCGACGGAUUAUCCGGCGAUUAUCAGCUCACAUCGUGGGUUAACACCUUCAUCCCCGAAAUUGGAUCAUUGCCUACUCUAGGGACCGGGUUUUACCCGGGUCUUAGUUAUUCGGAUCCGGGUCAAAACGAGUUGAUGAAGGUUAUUGGUGACACGUGGAAGGAUCAGAUUGAAGAGCAGCAGCCAAGUGAGGAGAGUCAACUGAUACCGUUGACUGUGGUUAGUGACUUAGAGGAAGAUACAGGAAUAAGAUUGGUUCAUGCUUUGCUGACGUGUGCGGAUGCUAUCCAACGUGGCGAAUUCCAAUUGGCUACUUUUUUUAUUGGAGAGAUGAGCAAUGGGUUGAUGACACGUGUCAAUACGGCGUGUGGGAUUGGCAAGGUAGCCGGCUACUUCAUUGAUGCUUUGAGCCGACGCCUAUACGAGCCGAGCCAAGGUAUGGGCUUAGCCGAGCCAGGGUUAGUGUCUAAUGAGGUGUUGUAUCAUCACUUCUAUGAGGCUUGUCCUUACCUUAAAUUUGCUCAUUUCACGGCUAACCAAGCUAUAUUAGAGGCAUUUGAAGGUCAAGCUUGUGUACACAUCAUCGACUUUGGCUUGAUGUAUGGCUUGCAAUGGCCAGCUCUCAUCCAAGCCUUGGCUCUAAGGCGUGGCGGACCGCCUUCAUUGAGACUAACCGCAAUUAGCACACCAUCGUCUAAUGGACAUGAGUUUUUCCAUGAGACCGGGCUAAGGCUAGCCCAACUAGCUCGGUCUACUAAUGUGAGAUUCUCAUUUAAAGUUGUUACAACUUCACGACUUGAGGAUAUUGAGUCGUGGAUGUUCCAAACAAAUUCUGAAGAAGUUGUAGCUGUUAAUUCUAUUUUUCAACUACAUCGAGUACUAGGAUCAAACAUAGACUCAAUACUAAACUCAAUUAAAAGUCUAAAUCCGAAAAUUGUUACUGUAGCUGAGCAGGAUGCAAACCAUAAUCAACCCGAGUUCCUACUUAGAUUCACAGAAGCGUUACAUUUUUAUUCAACAAUGUUCGACUCAUUAGAGGCUUGUCAACUCGAAGUUGCUAAGCCUUUAGCUGAGACAUUCAUCCAAAGAGAGAUAUGUAACAUAGUGUGUUGUGAAGGGUCAUCUAGGGUAGAAAGACAUGAGCCAUUAGCCAAGUGGCGAACUCGAUUGAGCCAAGCCGGUUUUAAGCCGUUACAUAUGGGACAUAAUGCCUUUAAACAAGCAAACAUGUUGCUAACAUUGUGCUCAGCUGAAGGAUAUUGUGUGCAAGAGAGUGAUGGGUGUUUAACUCUAGGGUGGCAUAAUCGUCCGUUAAUUGCGGCUUCUGCUUGGCAAGUGAGGAUUGAUAAGGAUGGCAUUAGUUUGACCCAUGAUGGAUCAUCAUCUUCAUCAUCCUCAUCAUAGUAUGAAUUACAAAUUACAAUAAUUAAAUCAUCUUUAUGUUUGAAAUAUUUUAGUAUAUGUAUGUACGAUUUUAAGGAUAGUAUCAAGUGGGUAUAUUUCUUUUUGGUACCAAAAUGUUACUGUAAGCAAAAUCGUUUAGUAAUUGUUAUUAUUUAUUGUUUGUGCGAAUUAAAACAAUCAUGCAUAAGGUACAACUUUUGUAGGCUUAUAUUAAAACAUAAAUAAUGUAAUGUUUAGAUGUA